AUGCAUAUGUCAUGGUCGGCGCGUGCAAUGGUAUAAAAUGGCUGCCGGGAAACGUCAAUAUAUUUUAUAUUAACAAGAGUCUGCCUUUUUGUAAAUAUUCGCGCGGCGCAGGGAGACAUCGCAAUAAGGACUGUCGUGUAAGGCAUGCCGUUCAACUGACCGGCUCGAUACUCGUCCGUAAUCGCGUGUAUGUGAAGUGUGCGUCGACAGGAUGGCGGAAUUUGUACGCGGCGGACCCAGCGUGUCCAACAAUGCCAAGAUGGAACAUAGUAGUAAAGGCGGAUCUCCCAGUACAGGAAGCGAAGAUGGCGGUCAAAAUGAAUCAUUAAAUGCAGAGAAUGAAUUUGAUCCCUUUCUUGAAAAUAUACCAGAUGAUAUACAAGAUACGGAAGAACCUGAUGGUGCAAAUGCUACCUUAUUAACAGCACCACCAGAAAAUCAGUGGUAUCAUGGUAGAUUAGAUAGAUUUACAGCAGAAGAAAGAUUGUGGGAUGCGAGUAAAAUGGGUAGUUAUCUGGUUCGUGAAAGUGAUAGGAAACCUGGAAGUUAUGUUUUAUCUUAUUUGGGGAGAACUGGAAUAAAUCACUUUCGAAUUACAGCUGUCUGUGGAGAUUAUUAUAUUGGCGGUCGCCAAUUUAAUAGCUUAUCAGAUCUAGUUGCAUAUUAUACUCAUUGUUCGGAUCUGCUAAAGAGAGAAAGACUUAUACACCCAACACCACCUCCUGAACCAGUAAAUGAUAAGAAACGAAUUGUCGCGAUAUUGCCAUAUACAAAAAUGCCAGAUACUGAUGAAUUGAGCUUUCAAAAAGGUGAUAUAUUUUUUGUGCACAAUGACAUGGGUGAUGGGUGGUUGUGGGUCACUGCUCAUAGAACUGGUGAACAGGGUUUAAUAUUUCGAGAAUUAGUGGAGGAUCUCGAUGAUUCAAUAGAUCCUAACACAGUGUUUUCCUGGUUUCAUCCUAAUGUCACCAAAAGCGAAGCAGUGGACAUGCUGGUGAAAGCAGGACCUGGAAGUUUCCUAGUCAGACCAUCGGACAAUAGUCCGGGAGAUUAUUCACUUUUUUUCCACAUAAACAAUCAGAUACAAAGAUUCAGAAUCGAAAAAAAAGGAGUAAGGUAUCUAAUGGGAGGUAGAACGUUUGAAUGUCUUGAUGCUGUUAUUAACAGAUAUCGAAAAGAACAAAUUGUGGAAGGGCAUACUUUAGUUCAAGCAAUGGUAACUGAGCCUGAUGGUAGUGUCAGAGUAAAUAGAGAAAUUCAACAUGCCGAAAAAAUAUAUGCGACUUUGAGAGAAUGUCGAGAGCAAUCGGGAGCGAAGAAAAACAAAGGAAUUAAAAUGCAAGGAUAUUUGGAAAAGAAGUCUGAGAAAAAUAAAAAAUGGAAAGCAUUAUAUUUUGUGUUGUUAGUGGACGCUACCGACACACAUCUUUAUUUAUAUGACAAUCCUAAAAGAACCAAACCAAAAGGUCUCAUCGACUUGAGUUGUGCUUACUUAUAUCAGGUCCACGAAAGUGUAUUUGAUAGGCCUCAUUGUUUUCAAUUAGUUGAACGUGCUUUACCUUGUCUGGCCACCAUAACUUACUUGGCUGCCCCAAAUUCCGAGAACGCAUUAGAUUGGAUUAACGCCUUGAAACCAUUAUGUGUAUCACAACUUACUCGUGCUCCAAAAGUUGCUCGUCUCCGUGAAUUACGUUCGUUGCACUUGCAUAUCUUAGACGCGCAUAGGCUUCCAUAUAAGCUAGUUCCGAGUCCAUUUAUUAUAGUGGCUCUAAACAAUGUUAAAGUUGCUCGCACGAAAGUUAAAACGGGAUUACAUCCACUCUGGGAUGAGGAAUUUAUUUUAGAGGAUGUACCGCCGGAUGUUAUGUCCUUUUCAUUGACUUUAUAUAAUAAAGGCAAGCGCAGCAAAGACACAGAGGUUGCGGAAUUAACAGUUGAACUGGCGAGUUUGACUAACGGCGAAGAAAUGGAUGAAUGGUAUCCGUUAUCGGGAGUUACACCUAUCGGGGAAUGGGGAGCAUUACGUUUACGCAUACGAUACAGACACGAUUUAGCUAUGCCUCCUGAAGAGUACAGUCCUCUUCAACAGUUAUUGCUAGAUCCAGAACUGCAUGUUGUCAAGGCUUUAGCGGAUGUAUGUCAUUUAGAUAGAGUACCCCUGGCAAAUAGUCUUCUUAGAAUUUUUAGGCAUGAAAGAAAAGAGGCAGAUCUUCUACGAUCAUUGAAUCAAGCAGAAGUUGAAAAAGAAGAUGAAACACCAACAUUGUUUAGAGCUGCCAGUCUUACUACUACUUUGAUGGAUUUAUAUAUGAAAUCCGUUUGUACUUCAUUUUUAAAAGCAGCUUUACGUGAUACAAUUGUGAAAUUAAUUGAAAGUAAACAGAGCUGCGAAUUAAAUCCAACAAAAAUGGAUUCUCCAGAAGAUGCUUGUAGUAAUGCAGAAUUUUUAUUACAAGUUUUGGAUGAAGUUACAUUGAGUAUUUUCACGAGUCCCGAUGCUUGUCCGAGGACUCUCAGAUACAUUUGUGGAUGUUUACAAAGAGCAGUAGUUGCUAAGUGGCCACAUGAAAGACUAGUCAGAACUCGGGUAGUCAGUGGAUUUAUAUUUCUACGCCUUCUCUGCCCUGCCAUAUUAAAUCCUAGAUCAUUUAAUCUAAUAGCUGAGCCACCACCUCCAUCUGCUGCAAGAUCAUUAGUCAUGGUGGCAAAGUGUCUACAAAAUCUGGCUAAUUUAGUGGAAUUUGGUGGAAAAGAACCAUACAUGGAAGUUGUAAACCCAUUCAUACUCAAAAAUAAAGAACGAAUGGUAGUGUUCCUUGACCAGUUAUCUAAUGUUACUGAGAAGCCAGAAUCAGAAGGUACAGAUCCAAGAACCAAGAGCGUAUCCGACACUGCAAGAGAUUUGGCGACAUUACAUCAUAUUUGUGUUUCACAUUUGAAGGAACUUCAGGUUUUGUCAAAGACACAGCCGACGAUUAAACAAUUGGUAACAGUGACUGAAAUGUUGAGCAAACAUAAGCAGAAAUAUAUGGAGAUGAUACGGUAGUGCUAGAA